AUUGUCGUAGUAGCAGUUGGAAUCGGUAUCGUCCCUUGACACCUGCUGCUGCGACGGCGGCUCGAUGAUCAGGCCAAGGUACCGAGGAGAGCAGCUGCUGCCCUUGUCGCAUCCAUCGUCGUCGUCGACGUCGUCAUCGUCUUCGAGGUCGUCGUCGUCGUCGUCGUCGUCGUUGCUGCUAAUUAUACUGAUACGCCAUUGCCGGCGACGUUGGGCCCGCAAUACGAAUCGCCAUCGUUAUCGUCGCAAUCGUAUCGAUGAGAAUCGUUACAAAAACAAUAACAACUGUCAUCGUUAUCCCCGGUUGCCGGAUACUACCUCUGCCCUACCGAUACUACCACCACAACUCAGGCCGCUGAUCUCAUCGCCGUCAUCGUACCGCGAGGCGGGCAAUUACCUUAUCAGUAGUAACAAUAGCGCGCGACACUUUCCCGAGGCUCCUGAUCGCGACUGCAGACGCGCUUCGGCCGCUCAUCAUUGCUCAAGCUCAUCGUGCUGAUAAAAGGACUCUCCGAGCGCCUCGAUGACUCCGAUACAUACAACGCUACUCUCUACGCUACGCAACACCUAAAUAAAAUAUAUACAUCUGGUAUAUAACGUAAUACGUAUAUCUACGUUUCGAUACAAUUAACGCAAUUAAAUUGUACAUUGGAAAAUUUUACGCGAGCCCGUAACGACUACAGCUCUGUGUGUGUGCGUGUGUGUGCUCCUAUGUAGAAAAAAAAAUAGAACCAAGAGAAUACGAGAAUAGCGCGCGUGUGUCUCUGUGCGAGUAACAUGUGAAACAAAAAUUGUCUAUAGUCAUCGUCGUGCCCAGCGAGCAGCACAGAGAGUGCAAAGUGUCAAGUGCAAAGUGUCGUGCAGGUGUAUAAUAAUAGUAAAAGAUAUAUACACCAACGGUCGGAGUGUCUGUGUGAGUGUGCGGUCACUUCCGCGCAACGAGUGUGUAUGUGUAAAUAGUAUACAUAUAGCAAAAAUCCAAUAGCCGAACAAUAUGCUGAGCGUGAGGGGCUCGGAGGCGGCGCUCUACACGCUCUACGGCUUCGCCGCGUUCUUCAUGGUGUUCUGGGCCGGCAUGUGGCUCGUCCACGUGAUCGCCCUUGUGGCCGGUCGCUGGAAGCUCCAUCGGCAAAAGUUCCUCAAGCUGCCGAUCCGCGAGACGCCCCUGCCCGGUGUAUCGAUCAUCAAGCCUUUGGUCGGCGUCGACUCCAAUCUCUUUUCCAAUCUCGAGACCUUCUUCCAUCUGGACUAUCCGCUGUACGAGCUGCUGUUCUGCGUCGAGGACCCCAAGGAUCCGGUGCUCCAGCUCGUCACCAAGCUCAUGGACAAGUAUCCGGGCGUGGACGCGCAACUCUUCGUCGGUGGCAAGGGGGUCGGAGUCAAUCCCAAGAUCAACAACAUGCAGCCGGCCUACGAGGCGGCGAAACACGAGCUCAUCCUCAUCAGCGACUCGGGCAUCAGAAUGAACGAGGACACUCUGCUCGACAUGGUCAAUUAUAUGGGCGAGCGCGUCGGCCUGGUGCACCAGAUGCCGUUCACCUGCGACCGAUCGGGCUUCGCCGCCUGCUACGAGAAGAUCUUCUUCGGCACGGUGCAGUCGCGCAUGUAUCUCGCCGCGGAUCUGCUGCGCAUCAAUUGUCACACGGGCAUGUCGGCCUUGAUCAAGAAGGCCCUGCUCGACGAGGUGGGCGGCCUCAAGACCUUCGGCGUCUAUCUGGCCGAGGACUUCUUCUACGCCAAAUCCCUCACGGAUCGAGGCUGGAAGAUCACGGUGAGCUCGCAGCCCGCCAUGCAGAACAGCGGACACUGCGAGAUGCAGAGCUUCCAGGCCAGGCUGCGGCGCUGGGCCAAGCUGAGGGUCGCCAUGCUGCCCAGCAUCAUCGUGUUCGAGCCGCUCAGCGAGUGCCUGGUGCUGGGCGCCUGCGCCUCCUGGGCCGCGGCCCUGCUCUUCGACUGGGACUCGUUGCUGUUCUACGUGGUGCACGUGUUUCUGUGGUUCGUGUUCGAUUGGACGUUGCUGUGUCUGGUGCAGAACGGGCCGCUGCCUUUCAACGCCCUGGAGUUCCUCAUCGGCUGGAUACUGUGCGAGGCCACGCGGCCCUAUCUCUUCGUCCAGGCGGUACUGGAUCCGCUCAUACAGUGGCGAUCGAGGGUCUACAGGCUCAAGUGGGGCGGCUUGGCCGAGGAAGUCAAGGCCAAAGUCAAGUAUUGAGAACAGCUUUGCAGCAUCAAUGACAACGACAACGACAACGAUCAACGACGACGAUGAAGACGACGACAAUUACGACGACAAAGCAUCAACGCAGCUCUUCGUGUGAUAUUGCGCGCAACGCAACUAACGGACAAAAAGCAGCCGCUUAUAAUACUAAUUAUAUUCUGUAAGAUAUAUGUACACGUAUAUUCUUCGUAUUGUAUAUCUCUAAUUAUCUACUUCUGUAAGUCUUGCGCGCGCAGUGACCAAUUAGUUUUUCUCUCUUUAUAAAUAUUAUCUGUGUUGUUGCUCAUUUGUGCUCUCGUAGCAUUAGUAGCAGUGCUGCUGAAGUGCAGGUGCAGCAGUGUGCUGUUGUUGUCGUUAUUGUUGUUGUUGUUGUUGUUGUUGUUACUACACUGUUGUUGGUGCUGGUGAUGUUCAAUGUUCAAUGCCCCGCGAGAGUUAACUUUGUGAAAGAACAAAAAAAACUACAACGACGAGAGAAACAUGAAUACUUGUGAAAAAAAUGAAGAGAGAACAAAGAAAGAAGAAGAAGAAGAAAAGAACAAACGAUUACGUCGAUUUAAUCAUAAAUAGUUGAAUUAGCAAAUACAUAAAAUAUUUAUGUACAAUUCAGAAGUUCGUUCGAUACCUAUCAUAGAUUAUAAUAGAGCGCGUGUGUAUGUGCUCCAUAACUAUACGGUGCGCGGCGAGUUUUGUUGUUAUUAUUAUUAUUUUUUUCGCUCGUCGAUUUCGACGACACGAUCGCAGCACGAUAUUGUGUGCCGCGUGCGAGCAUGUGUACAUAUUAUACAUAUAUAGAGGGUCUGCGUCCUUUGAACACGUGGGUGUGUGUGUAUGUGUGCAUGUGAAGCGACUGUGUGUAUGUAAACAAGAACAUGUUACAGUAUGUAUAUCUGCCAACGAUAUACAUGCUCUAUAAAUGACGCGAAUAACACCGACUUAGCGAUUAUUGCAACGACGUUUACGCGCCAAUUGGAUCGUGCAUGAAAGCCAAAGAUAUAGAAAGAGGGAGAGAUAGAGGAAGUAACAACAAAAAAGAGAGAAAAGCUCGAAAAAAGGGUAGUUGCCAAACACUCGCGCACGGAUUAACGGAUAAUUCAAAGCUAAGAGUAUCGCACACGCGAAAAGUCUAGUUGCAGCUCUCGAGUCACUCUGUUAUACACUCACAACAAGCUCUCAUUUCAUUUAUUUAAGUUUAUAUAUUACGUUACUGCCAUCGAUGCUGCUAAUGCAGCACUGCUCUCUCGAGCUGGAGCAUAUUAUACGCGCGUCGAGAGUCUCGCGAGCAAUUAUUAUUUCGUCGCGUAUUAUACACCGCGAGAGCAGCGUCGUCGUCGAGCAGCCCCCGCGAUCGAUAUUUUUCCGCGCGACUCGCGCGUCCUUUUCGCGUUCGACGUGACAUAUACAAUGCGCUUGCAGCAUAUUACACACUACAGCCAAGUAGCGACGAAAAAAAAAAGGGAAUUCAGGGUGUGCUUGUCUACUUGUGCAAUAAUAAAUGUUUUUUACGUUCGACUUUCGUACUGGAGCUACGUACUGGAAUAUUACGAUAAAUUUAAUACACGCGCGUCGAGAUCUUUUAUCCUUCUUUUUUUCCAUAUCUAUCUCUCUCUCUCUCUUUUCUUUCGAUUUCUAUCGAGAUGACGAUCGAUUUCUAUUGCGGUUUAUAAAUUGGAUCACGGUAUUUCGUUUCGAAAGCUACUAUAUUUAUUAUAUUUAUUACGAUAUUUGAUGAAGAUUAGUAGAGCGUAUUAUAUAUACUAUUAUUAUUGACUCAUGACACUGGCUGAGUGUGUGUGUGUGCUUAAGUGCGUACGUAAGCAGCUCUUCGCCCUUUUACUUUCACGCGCAAACAGAGAUGCGCUCGUACAUAUUUAUAAAUAAAUUAAAUACCUGUAUAAUUUUCACACGCGUAUUCUCGCGCACAGACACAUUCACGCGCCCGCUAACUCGCGUAUAAAUAAGCAGCGUCUUGAAAAGAUUAUUUUUCUAAACUUUUGAGUUUUGUUCGUGCAUGUAACAAACAAACAAAAAUGUAAAUAAUAAAAAAUAAAAAAGGGAUGAAACAUUGAUGCGUACGUAUUUAGUUCUCACACAUAUCCACACACGAAUGCGUGCUCACCUUACAUAACGAGUGAUCGAUAAAUGUGGUGAAAAUGCAAUAUAGCCUGCAUGAUUCAUGAUCGCGUCUUAUAUACACGCUCGCCAAGAGAAAACACGUUGGAUUAUUACUAUUAUUAUUAUCAUUAUCAUUAUAAUUUUUUUUACGCUCCAUCGAUUACAAAGCGCAACCCGAAUAUAUUUUUUUUAAUUUCGGAAUGGCCUUGGUCAUUUAACCGGGUACAAUUCCAACAUAUAUUAAUUAGAUAAACUCGCGCGACAUUCCUUGAAUGGCCUAUACAGCGUCGUGUGCUCUCUCUCUCUCUCUCUCUCUCUCUCUCUCCUAUCUGUGAUGUAACAUCGUUAUUUCGUGCGUAGAUGAAGUUUCAUAAUUUGUAUCUUUAUUUCAAAUCAACUAUACGUAUGCCUGCGUAGUGCGUAUACACACGAGCGGAUGUACGCGGUUAUACAAUAGUCGAGAGUGGACUGGGAAUAGGAUAUAUAUACGCAGUAGGAUGAAAAAUAAACCGAGGCGCGGGUCGAAGCCCUCGAAACGAAAUCUGCAACGACACAACGACUAUGACGACGAUUAUUUGCACACAAUCUCUAUGUUUGAAUGUGUGUCUGUGUGUGCGAGUACCGUUGUAAGCUGCAGCACUGCACUCUCACAGGUCGAACCGUGACGGGGGCGCGAGACUUGCGCGAUACACUUUUUUUCAUUAAAUAUAUCAGUGUAAAGACAAAAAAAGAAGAGAAGCAAAAAAUAUUGUCACGCUUUUAUGACAUACAGCCUUGUCCGACAUUAAGGUUAAAAGUGAAUCGUUAAAAAAGUAUAGGCGAUUUCGUCGAUUCGUCGAGCAGCGGUUUAGCUUGCGAGCUCGCUCAUGCACAAACAGCAGCUAUUGCUUCGAGUUCAACUUUUUUUCCACUGCGCCAGUGCGGUAUAUAAAUAUUAUAUUUAAUCUAUAAGUACGGAGUUCUCCGUCGGCGGGCGAUCGGUCGUCGUCGUCGCGUCGUUUUGUUCGCGCGCGACACUUUGUCGUCAUUUGACUACGUAAAUUCUCCUUUUUUCCUCGUUUCCUCUAAUUUUUUUUUUGCAUACUUCUUAACGAGCGAUAAUGGAUCAAUCGACGCAUGUCGUAUAUACGUUUUAUCGCGCUUAAAAACCUUCGGAUAUAUAUUAUAUAUAUUUUUGUUCGUAGAUACAGCAUUUAUACAGUAUAUAUAGCCCUCGGUACGACUUAGCCUUAUAACGACUCGAUUCGACAUCCUUUUUAUCGGGUUCUUCGCUAUACGAGCGAGACUCGCCGAGAGCGUUAUAUUUACCGCGAUAACGCGUAUAUAACACGACGAUUUUUCAGCAUCGUCUAUGUGCAGUGUGCACAUACGUAAAUACACACACGCGGCGCGAACAUGUGAAAAUUAAUACCUGAAAUCUCGCACGAGCGGCGCAAAAAAAAAAAAUAACUGAACCGAACGCACACGUGCUUACGUAAGAUCUUGGCCAACUCGCGCUAAGACGUAUAUAAAAUAACGUUUACAUGUUGCGGUAUGGUAGUUGCAGGUAUAUACACUGGAUAUAUAGGUGUAUGUAAUAUCUCGUGUGCUUUUCGAUCACGCGGCCGGAUGAGUGCGAUUAGUACAUAUUUAUUAUGUUAAAAGAAGAACAUUACGGACACCAGAUAAUAUAAUAACGCGAGGCCUGGAGAACAAAGAGCCAUUUGAUUAUGUUUUUGUUAUGUAUGUGAGAGAGAACUACUGUAUAUAACACAAAACACAACAAAAAACAAAAGAGAGAGAACAAACUUAGUUUCUGCGGUAGGCAAUUUUUCGACCAUUAAAUUUGCCUCAAUUAUUUUCAGCGCGAUCGUCGAACUUGACAGGCUGUGUACAGGAAUAAAAUGAAGUACGAUGAUUUUGCGUCAAAUAAAAUUCAACAUUUAUGCACACACACGCACAGACAUAUUCGAUGUAAUGAAAAGUGCAAGCCCACAUACGGCCAAAAAAGUACGCGAACGAGCGAGGACGCACGACGACGCAUCGUGCGUAAUUUUUGCUGCACAAGCGCGAGGACAGGCACGCGCGCGAGCGAUGUUAACAAUCGAUAAUGCGAUACGUAUUUGUUACUAUCUGGCCUUAUCUGUGCGCGGAAUAUUUUUUUUAGUUUUAUCCAUUAAUUCGACGAUCGUUUUGCGGUAGAGGCUCUACAUUUAUUUUUGGCGAUUCUUUAUUUAAUCAUUGACGCAAGUGUUGUUGCUCGAUCCAGAAAGUGUGCAUGUGGGAUGCCUCUGUGUACGUAUGAAUGAUCACGUGCGCAUAGUUCGAAUUACUCGUCGUAAUUGAAGGAUAAUUUCCUUUUUUUAUUUGAAAAUGAAUUUAAAUAUUCCGAAAUGCGAUAAAUAAACGACUUUUUGCUAUUAAGAACGCAACAUUGCCUUUUUCAUGAAAGAACGAAACUUGUACAUAUAAUAAUAGUACCAAUUUCUAUCGCUUAAGCCUUUAAAAGUAAGAAACUUACGAAUUUUAUACUACUAUAAAAAUCAUCUGCUGUAAAUUACAGAAACUUAAAUAAGAGAGAUUUAUAAACUUGCUUCUACGUUUGAUGACCACAUUUUUUUCUUUUAAAAAGAAUUUUUAUCGAUAAGUGUUGUCAUUACAGAUGAACGCAUAAUCAUGUGACGAAACAAAAUUUUUAUGUUUAAGGAGGUACCGUAACGUUACUAGUACAAGAAAAACAAGAUCAUUAGGAAAAUAUUUAACAAGUGCAGUUGACGGUACCUUCUGUACGAAUGAAGCAUCAAAAAUCCAUUAAUCGUUUAAAUCCAAUCAUUAGUCAUCUAAGCUGAACAUUUUUAAUCAGAAUAGUAGUGCAAUUAAAAAAAAAAAAAAAGAAUCACACCAAACCGACGUGAUAGACCAAAAAAGAAUUUAAAAAAAUAAGUAUUUAAUCGCUUGUGUAUUAACAGACGAUAAGAUAAGGAUAUUUCAUUAUUUAUUAAAAACUCUGGUUGUGCAUUAUUUAGAAUAUAAUGGUGCACAAUUUCUGUCGAAUGAAAAGUAAGAAAAAAAAUAUUUUAGUACAAAAUCAUGUAAUUAUACAAAAAUUAUGUAUACUCCAAAAAAGGUGUGCCGUGCGACUACCAGAAGAAUGAUAAAUCAAGUGUUCAGGACGAAUUUUUUCACCAAGUCUCUCUAAUGUAUAACCAUGAUCUUAUGAUAAAAAAUUAUCAUCUUUUUGAAAACGAUAUCUUCAAUUGAAAAUUAUAUUACAAUAGCAUAGUCACAAAUGAUUAAAGCCCAUUGAGUAUUCGUGGAAAUGAUGUAAAAAAAUCUAGGCAUUUAGCGAACUUUGUACAUAAUUAUUGCAUAUUUAUUACGUAUCCGCGUGAAGUAUCUUACAAAGGAAAUCCAAAAACGAGCAAAACGACACGCAAAAAACAAUACGUUCAAUUGUUCAUUUACAAUUGCAUGUGCAAAUUGUUCCUUCUUUUUUUCAUUAUUUUGCUUUUGUUCUCAAAUCUAAGAUAUACCGACAACUUGUUCUUAUAUUUUACCUGCGUUCUCGUGUGUUGAAAGUUUGCGCCUAUACAUAUACUCGAGUUUCGAUUUUCUUGGCUAGGUAGACACAAAUAAAAAAGUCACUAAAGUAACGAGCAAUUAGUUCCAAGAAGUUGAUAAAAAAGAGAACGCGGUGACAUCGUCUCGUAUUUUCUCGAUUUUUUUCAUAAAAGUUGACGAGUGUAUAUAAAAAAUCACGCAAAUAUCCAAGACAGAGACACACAUAGUUGAGUUACCUGUACGCGAUUGUAACGAAAUACGUAUGCAUAUAGCAGUAGUAUGCGUGAUAGUAGAUGCAUGAAUGUAAACAUACGUUGGAGCAUGAAUGGGCUAAAUGUAUUUUUUUAUAAAAAGAAAAAAAAAUGAAAAUAAAAAUGAAGAGCAGAAAGUAAAAUGUGAACGUACAAGUGUGUAUUGUGCAAAUGUGUUUACUGCAGUGCUUCGCUGUGACGUGUCUCAAAACGAGUACACACGCAAGCAUCCGUGAUUUUUUUACUACGAAAACUCGAAAAAUGAUUUACUAUGGAAAAAAUUGUAGGCUUAAAUGAUUGAUAAAAUGCAUAAUAAAUACGUAAUGCGCAUUCAUUAUAUUAUUAUAACAAUAUCGUCUCCUUUUCUCUGAGCUUUUUUGACAUUGUAUCGUACUGUGUAAUACUAAUUAUAAUAUUUGUGUAGUCCGUUUGGCGGCGUUUAGCUCAUUAUGAUAGAUGUAUAAUUUUUUUACGCAUAAUUACGAAAAAAGUAAAUAUUAUUAAAAUUAAUAAACGAUAAUAUUUGUAAAGGCAGUAAUAUUAGUAAUGAUUUAAUAACUUAUAUAGUGAAAUGAAGGCAAAAAUAUACGUACGAAUUAAGCAAAAUCAAUAACGACUCCAUUGUUUUUCUUUUCUCUUCAACGAGCGAUGCGCACACACACACACCCGCGUUUAUGCAUAUCAAUAAUGUCUUCGUGUUUAUCGAGAGAACAAAAUCAAGUCAAUAUGUGAAGUGUACAAAUACGAAAUCAGAGCGAAAUGAUUACAGAGGUGUGUGUGUGCGCGCAAGUGUGCAAUAUGAGCAAUGUGUGACUGCGAAGAAACAAUGCCGUAUUUUUUUUAUAUAUUAUUUGUAGGAAAAAAUGUUUUUCUAUAUAAUUUAUUCAUAAAUAUGAAUGAGCCAAAAGUUACAAGAUUAAAAUUGAAUUUUCUGGCAUAAGACGAAAA